AUGGGUUUCCGCGUUAAAGCUCUUGCAGUGGCUGCUCUGGCUACCCUCAGCCAGGCUUCACCAGUCCUUUAUCCUCGCGAUGUCACAAGCUCAAACAUCACCUAUGCUUUCACCAACACCAACGGGCUGAACUUUACCCAGAUGAACACCACCCUCCCCAAUGUAACCAUCUUCGCAACAGGCGGCACAAUCGCAGGCUCUGCGUCCUCCAAUACAGCAACGACGGGCUACCAAGCCGGCGCACUGGGAAUCCAAACUCUCAUCGAUGCAGUGCCCGAGAUGCUCUCCGUCGCCAACGUCGCCGGUGUCCAGAUCUCCAACGUCGGCAGCCAAGACAUCACAUCCUCCAUCCUGCUGGAGAUGGCGCACCGCCUGAACAAGGUCGUCUGUGAGGACCCCCUCAUGGCCGGUGCAGUCGUGACACAUGGCACAGACACCCUCGAAGAAACAGCCUUCUUCCUCGACGCCACGGUCAACUGCGGAAAGCCCAUCGUCAUCGUCGGCGCCAUGCGCCCCGCAACCGCCAUCUCCGCCGAUGGACCCUACAACCUCCUGCAGGCCGUCACUGUAGCAAGCACCAAGGAGGCAAAGAACCGGGGCGCGAUGGUGGUCAUGAACGACCGCAUCGCGUCAGCGUACUAUGUCUCCAAGACGAACGCCAACACAAUGGAUACCUUCAAAGCCGUGGAAAUGGGCUACCUGGGCGCCAUCAUCUCAAACUCCCCCUUCUUCUACUACCCCGCCGUGCAACCCACCGGCAAGACAAGCGUGGACGUAACAACCGUCACCUCCAUCCCCCGCGUCGACAUCCUCUACUCCUUCCAGGACAUGACCAACGACACUCUAUACUCGAGCGUCGAGAACGGCGCCAAGGGCGUCGUUGUGGCUGGAUCUGGGGCUGGUUCAGUCGACACUGUCUUCUCGACCGCUGUCGACGAGAUCAUCAGCAACCAGGGGAUUCCGAUCGUGCAGAGCACGAGGACGGGCAACGGCGAGGUGCCAUACUCCGCUGAGGGCGGCAUCUCGAGCGGGUUCUUGAACCCGGCCAAGUCGCGUAUCUUGCUUGGCUUGCUGCUUGCGGAGGGGAAAAAGGGCGUUGAGGAGAUUCGGGCCGUGUUUGGGAAAGUUGCUGUUUAG